UCUUUGACCAUUUUCCUCUGUUUAUCUCUCUUUUCUUUGUUUUCUCUCUCUUCCCGCCCUAAAAUUUCUGAGAUUGUUAUGUUUGUCUAAUAAAUUUUCAAUUUUUGGAAGCAUGAGCGUCACCCAGUUCGCUAUGGUGGAGGAAUUGGCCUUUCUGGUUAAGUACAAUCUUCCUUGCAAGCAUCUCGUGCUCUCAAUGGAAGAGGCUUUCGUUAAUUUCCUUCAGGAUGAUACAAGCUCAGAUGGGAUCCUAGAGUUGGAACCCAUGAACUCAUAUAAUCGGCUUCUCCUGCAUCGUCUUGCAGAUAUAUUUGGAUUUGCUCAUGAAUCGGUUGGUGAAGGAGAUGAUCGGCAUUUGGUUUUGGAACGAUGCCCAGAGACAUCAAUACCUUCCAUUCUUGUUAGUGAUAUAUUAUGGCAGUGUGAUGAGCCUCAGUCUCUCACAGCAUCACGUCAUUUAUUAGUGAGAGAAGAAGCUCCACCAGUGAAGACGGAGUUGCCUUCUUUUGAGCUUAGUCUUGAGGCGAGAGAAGCAGCUUACUUGGCAGCUCGUGAGCGGAUUUUUUCAAUGGAUGUCGAAGAGGUACGAGAAGCUGUGAAAGAGAAGCCACGAACCGUUCCUGUUGUGGCUCGUCGAAUGAUUGCACAUGCUUUGGGCCAAAAAAUAAACUCAUGCAGUCAAGAUGUUAAUGCCAGGGAUUUUAAAGACCAUGAAGGGCAACCUAAUGAACUGAACAUUCAUGAUAAGGAUGAAGUUGAUAAUAAUUUGAGAACCGAAACUUAUCAAGAUACUGUUUUUGUCCCGGGCAAUGCAUUCAGUAAAGCAAAGAGCAAUGCACAUAAACAUAAUGCAUCGGUCGUUAGUGAGAGGAAUGUCUCAGACAAACCAGCUCAAAAGGGGCCUGCUGAUGUUAGGAUACCUGGAAGAAGUCGAAAUAGAGUUAACAAAGAGUACUCAAAAGAAGAACAUCUAGGAGCUGCAAAGAGAAUGUUUGCUCAUGCUUUAGGUUUGAGCUCAGCUAAGGAUGGUGUUCUUUUGAAAAGCAGUGAAAUGAAGGCAAUCGACAAUAAGUAAGGUUGAGUGACAUUUCAAGAUAACACAUAGAUCAUUUAUUUCUUCUGUUGAACUUGGUGCAGUAGAUAAAGAGCUCUUUGACUUUUUCUUCCAACUUAUACCAGUUAAGGAUAGAGCUCCAUGAUGAUACUACUGUCACAAAUGAGAAUAUGCAAAGAAGAAAACCGUUAACCUGAGGUGGCAUGGUAGCUGCUUGCUUGAGUCCUCUGGAAUUGCAUCUGGUGAGAUUGCUUUCUUCUCAUUGCGUAAGUUCUUUCAAUGAGAAAUGAUGAUGUUUUGUAUACUUGUUUGCAUUUGACUAGAGUUGCAAGCUCUCUGUUUUCCAUGGACUAGAAGGCGCAUCUAAGCUGCACAGGAGUCAUAUGUGCUGGUCAAAAACAUCCAUUCUCUCCCAUGUAAGAUGAUGUUUGAACCUGAAUAGUCUGUAGUCUGUUUUGGUACUGACUUGAGAGAUACCGUGAGGUUGUGAUUGUAGGAAACUAUGUUAUAGAAAAGUAAUAAUUUGUAAUAUGUGCAGAGAAUUUAAUUCUCAAGUAAAUUAUAAGAACCCACUUCAAUGAAUUUGUCCGGCUAUCUUCUUUAGAA